AUGGCCAUGGCGACUGCCUGCGCGUUCUUCUCCGUCGCCGUGGUCGCCGUCUUCGCCUCAAUGACGUUCCUGGUGCUGAGUAUUUACGUCGACAAGGGCACCGUCCAGCUGCGCGUCCCGACCAGCUAUGCUCUGGUCGACUGCUCCCCGCCGCCGCCGCCAUCAUCAGCCGCAAGGAACAGCAGCGCCUUCCGCAAAAGCCUCCUCCCGCUCCUAUCCGCCCUGCCCGCCGCCGCCGCGCCGCGUGGAUUCGCCUCGCUUCACUCCGACGACCACAGCGCCUUCGUCCGUGGCGUCUGCCUCGGUUUCGACCGCACCAACAACUGCCACGCGUGCCUCGCCGCGGCCGCCGAGAACCUCACCAGCAACUGCCUCGGCGCGAGCCGCCGCGGCGGAGCUUGGAGGAGCGAGAGCUGCUUCUUGGCCUACGCCGACACGAACACCACCUCCGCGCGGGAGGACGCCUUCCGUGACGUCGUCUUCUCCGGCGAAGACCCGGGAGGGGACCCCAACUGCUUCGACACGCGGAAGCUCGUCGCGCUCGCGCGGUCCAUGGCGCGGCGACGCGCCGCCAAGGCCUUGGGGGCGCAUGCGUCCAUGGACGCGUCCGCUCUAGCGAGGAGUGUCGCCCCCGUGAAGAACACGGCGGUGCGCGUGUUUCCGGACGUCGCAACCGUGGAGACCAGGGUUCGCGUGCUGGCGCAGUGCGCGCGGGAUCGCGGCCGCUCGGCGGAGUGUGCACGAUGCCUGGGCGAGGCGGCGCGGCAGGUGCCGGCGUGCUCCUGGGGCCUCGACGGCGCGCCCGUGCGCGUGGCCGACGUCGUCGGAUACAGCUGCUUCCUGCGAGUGGAGACGUUGGUUAAGCCGCAGCGCGUGGUGACAUGGCUGGGCGAAUCUUUGACUAUGGCAUGGUACGUCACGAUGGCGCUCGAAAUGUUUGCAGCAAUUCUGGGUCUAGUAGCAAUAGCAACAGGUGCGUCCCCUGUUUCCACAUCUACAUUCAUGACUGCCAACCAGUCUGUCAUUUCAUUGCUGAGCACAGCCUAA